AUGUCUGCGGUGAAGGGAUCUCAGUUGCAAUCGCCGUCACCGGCUCCGCUGAACCCCCAGAUGCAGCCUUCCGACACCGGCCUUGCCCGACCGCAGGCCGUCCCUGCUCCUGAUCGAUUUGCUGGGUUCAAGGAGAGGAUCUCACAGCCUGUUAUCGCAGCGUUUUGCGCGGGCGGUAUUGCCGGUGCCGUCUCGAGAACAGUCGUCUCGCCGCUCGAGCGGUUAAAAAUCCUGUUGCAGAUACAGAGCGUAGGACGGGAUGCCUACAAGUUGUCUGUUGGGCAGGCGCUGGCAAAGAUGUGGAAGGAGGAGGGAUGGAGGGGCUUCAUGCGCGGGAAUGGAACGAAUUGCAUUCGCAUCGUGCCUUAUUCUGCUGUGCAAUUUAGCAGCUAUAACUUUUACAAACGGAAUAUCUUCGAAUCGUAUCCAGGACAAGAUCUGGCUCCCUUUACCCGUCUGAUAUGUGGUGGUAUCGCCGGCAUUACCUCCGUCUUUUUCACAUACCCCCUUGAUAUCGUUCGAACGAGACUUUCUAUUCAGACGGCCAGCUUUGCAGAGUUGGGAUCAAAACCUGCACAUAUGCCUGGCAUGUGGGCCACCAUGGCUCAGAUGUACAGGACCGAGGGUGGCAUGAAAGCAUUGUAUCGUGGCAUUAUCCCGACUGUUGCAGGUGUUGCUCCAUAUGUCGGUCUAAACUUCAUGGUCUAUGAAUCUGUCAGAAAAUACUUAACCUAUGAUGGGGAACAAAAUCCCAGCGCAUCAAGAAAACUAUUGGCAGGUGCCGUCUCCGGAGCUGUUGCUCAAACAUUCACCUAUCCAUUUGACGUCCUUCGACGACGUUUCCAAAUCAACACUAUGUCCGGCAUGGGAUACCAAUACAAAGGCGUUUUCGACGCCAUCCGAGUCAUUGUCGGCCAAGAAGGCAUCCGCGGCCUCUACAAAGGCAUCGUGCCCAACUUGCUCAAGGUUGCUCCCAGCAUGGCCUCGAGCUGGUUGAGUUUCGAAAUGACACGCGACUUCCUGACUGGCCUAAAACCAGAAGUGAGCCAACAGGCCUUGUAA